UUUUCACGGAUAGGCAUAGAGAAUAGAGGAAAAAUACGAUAUGUCUACCGAUUUCUUUUCGUAAUUAUUAUUUUUAUUUAGGUUUUAAUUUGUGUAAGUUAUAGUUUUUGUGUAUUAUUUUAGACAAAAACGUUAGUUAGUUUCAUAAAAGUUAAUAAUGGCAGAUUUCUUGGAAUCGGAGGCAGAGGAGAGCGAGUUGGAUUCGGAAGAGGAUGAGCAGCCCACAGAACGUAAAAAGCCGAAGCGUAAAGCUGCUGUUCAAAGCGAUGACGAGGACGAAGAAGAAGAAGAUGAUGAGGAGAGACUUCGGGAGGAGUUAAAAGAUUUGAUAGAUGAUGCACCAAUUGAAGAGGAUAGUGAUGGAGAGGACUCGGAUGCUAGUGUCGGACCAAAGAAGAGAAAGAAAAGUGACGACGAGUUGGAUGACAGAUUAGAAGAUGAAGAUUAUGAUCUUAUUGAAGAAAAUCUUGGGGUUAAAGUUGCAAGAAAUAAGUUUAAGCGUUUGCGCCGUUUGGAGGAUGAUGAUAGUGACAAUGACGGAGCAGAUGACCCAGAUUUGGAAAGAGAAGUUAUUGCUGAAAAACUUUUUGUUGGAGGAUCUGAUGAGGAGGAUGAAAAUCGUUCAGAAUCCGCGGCGCCUCGUGAAGUGGAAUACGAUGAUGAAAAUGACGAGUUGGAAUCAGAUGCCGAUGAUUUUAUAGUAGACGAUGACGGUCGACCAAUUGCGGAACGUAAGAAGAAACGAAAGCCCAUUUUCACUGAUGCUUCCCUUCAAGAAGGUCAAGAUAUAUUUGGUGUUGAUUUUGAUUAUGAUGAAUUUGAGAAAUAUGGUGAAGAAGAUUAUGAAGACGAGGAAGAUGAAGAUCUUGAUGAAUAUAUUGAAGAUGAAGAAGAUGAAGAUGGAGAAAGGAGAAGGACUAAGAAAGGCAAAGCGAAACGUCCAAGCAAAAAAUCCAUAUUUGAAAUUUAUGAGCCAAGUGAAUUGAAGAGAAGCCAUUUUACGGAUUUAGAUAAUGAGAUACGUAAAACGGAUGUACCGGAGCGUAUGCAAAUUCGUGAAGUACCAAUAACGCCAGUGGAGGAAGGCAGCACGGAAUUAGAAGAUGAGGCUGAAUGGAUAUACAAACAGGCAUUCCUCAAAGCGCCCGUCUCAAAGGCUGAUUCUCAAGAGGCGAGAGAAAGGACACGAAGAGGUUCAAGUACUGUUGUGAAGAUUCGUCAAGCACUAGAUUUUAUGCGAAACCAGACAUUGGAAGUGCCAUUCAUUGCAUUCUAUCGUAAAGAAUAUGUUCAGCCUGAACUUAGUAUUAAUGAUCUCUGGAAAGUAUACAAGUAUGAUGCCAAGUGGUGUCAGUUAAAGCAACGUAAGGAAAAUCUCCUUAAAUUAUUGGAGAAUAUGCGUGACUUCCAACUGGAUAAGGUGAUGGCCAACCCCGAUGCACCAAUACCUGAGAAUAUGAGACUAAUAAAGGAUGAGGAUAUUGAAAGAUUGAAAAACGUUCAAACGCCAGAAGAGCUGCGAGAUGUUCACACACACUUCCUGCUGUACUACUCCAAUGAUCUGCCAGAAAUGCAGAAGGUACAGCGGACUAAGGAGAGGCAGAAAGAAUUGGAAGAGAAGAAGAGAGCAGCUCGCGAGGAAGCGGAGAGGAAUGGUGAGGACCCGGAGGAGGCUGUGGCGGCGGUGGAGGCGGCGCUGCCGGAUGACGCCGCGCCACAGCAUGACAUGAAGUACGCCGUGAGGUCCGGUCCCUACGAGCUCUGCAGGAAGGCUGGCAUUGAACCCUUGGUAAAGAUGUUCGGUCUAACACCGGAGCAGUUUGCGGAGAACGUGCGUGACAACUACCAGCGGCAUGAGGUGGAGCAACCCGCUGUACCGCCGCUAGAGGCCGCCGCCCCAUACUGCGGUGCGAGCGGGUCUGCGGCGGAGGUGGUGCGGCGUGCGGUGUACAUGUGCGGUGUGCAGCUGGCGCGCGAGCCUCUGCUGCGUGGUGCGCUGAGGGACGCGUUGCGGGAGCGCGCCACGCUCUCUGUGCGACCUACGCCGCGCGGACUCAAGGAGAUCGACGAGAGCCACGCAUGCUUUAGCUUGAAGUAUUUGAAGAAGAAGCCAGUGCGAGACUUGACUGGCGACCAGUUCCUGAAGCUGUCGAUGGCGGCGGAGGAUCGGCUGCUGGAGGUGAAGAUCAGUGAACAGAUCGAAGGAAACACCAGCCCUAGUUACAUCGAAGAACUCAAACAGUUAUAUCAAAAGGACGAGUUCGCAGCCACAGUGCAGGCGUGGAACGAGCUGCGUGCGGAGGCGGUGGGCCUGGCGCUGGGCAAGAUCGUACUGCCCGAGCUGCGGCGUGAGCUGCACGCGCUGCUGCUGCAGGAGGCCAAGGACCAUGUGCUCAAGUGUUGUCGGCGUCGGCUAUACGAUUGGUUAAAGGUGGCCCCAUACGAAUCGCGAGUGUCGGAUGACGACGAUGACGAGUGGGACGCUUCCAACGGUCUGCGCGUGAUGUCAAUCGCGUACGUGCCGGACCGCGCGCAGUGCGCGUUCGCGUGCCUGGUGUCCGGUGGGGGCGAGGUGGCGGAUCACCUGCGUCUGCCGCACCUCAUGUACCGCCGCAACGCCUGGGACGCUGCCGAGCGACAGAACAAGGAGGCAGAUAUGACAGCUUUACGCAGGUUUAUCCUGCGUAAGAAGCCACAUGUGGUGGUGAUAGGCGGAGAGUCGCGCGAGGCGCUCAACGUGAAGGCGGACGUCGCCGACUGCGUGCAGCGUCUUGUCGAGGACGAGCAGUUCCCGCGCAUACCAAUAGAGAUCGCUGACAACCACAUCAGCAAGAUAUACAGCAACAGUAUACGCGGCAGGAACGACUUCAGAGAAUAUCCUGACAUGUUACGUCAAGCUAUCUGUCAGGGUCGCCUUCUGCAAGAUCCACUCAUGGAAAUAUCGCAGCUUUGCGGACCAGACGAAGAAAUUCUAUGUCUCAGAUAUCAUCCGCUGCAAGAUCAGAUCAGUAAAGAAGAUCUUCUUGAGGGUAUUGAACUUGAAUUCGUGAAUCGAGUAAACGAAGUGGGUGUAGACGUGAACGAGGCGAUUCUCACUGGUCGCGGUACCGAGUUGCUGCAGUUUGUAUGCGGCCUGGGUCCGAGGAAAGCUCAAGCGUUGAUAAAACUCUUCAAACAGACCAAUCAGAAACUCGAGAACAGAACUCAGCUGGUUACAGUCUGUCACAUGGGUCCCAAGGUCUUCAUAAACUGUUCAGGCUUCAUCAAGAUAGACACUAGCAGUCUAGGUGACAGCACGGAAGCGUAUAUAGAAGUGCUCGAUGGUUCCAGAGUUCAUCCUGAGACGUACGAGUGGGCUCGUAAAAUGGCAGUCGAUGCCUUGGAAUACGAAGACGAGGAUGCGAACCCGGCUGGUGCACUAGAAGAAAUUUUGGAAGCGCCCGAACGAUUAAAAGAUUUGGACCUUGACGCCUUCGCUGAGGAACUUGAGCGGCAAGGAUUCGGCAAUAAGAGCAUAACGUUAUAUGACAUACGAGCAGAAUUGAACUCAAGGUACAAGGAUCUAAGAGUUCCGUAUCGUUCGCCGACGGCCGAGGAGAUGUUUGAUAUAUUGACGAAAGAGACGCCCGAAACUUUCUACGUCGGCAAGAUGGUGUUGGCGUCGGUGGUUGGCAUUUCACACAGGAAGCCGCAGAGAGAGAUGUUGGACCAGGCCAACCCCGUCAGGAACGACGAGACCGGCCUAUGGGAAUGUCCUUUUUGUCACAAAAAUGAUUUCCCUGAAUUAUCUGAGGUGUGGAAUCAUUUCGACGCGGGGGCGUGUCCGGGCCAGGCGACGGGCGUGCGCAUACGUCUGGACAACGGCGUGUCCGGUUACAUCCACAUUAAGAACCUGUCAGACCGUCACGUCACCGACCCCACGGAGCGCGUGCGCAUCGGACAGACGGUGCACUGCCGCGUACUCAAGAUUGACGUCGAACGAUUCUCUGUUGACUGUACAUCAAAAUCGUCCGAUUUAGUUGACAAAAAUAAUGAAUGGAGACCAUCAAAAGACCCAUACUAUGACCAGGAGUCUGAAGAUAAAGAUGUGCGCAAAGAUAAGGAGGCCAAGCAGACGAAGGAGCGUAUGCAGUACGUCAAGCGGGUGAUCGUACAUCCCGCUUUCCAGAACAUCUCCUUUGCUGAAGCAGAGAAGUUGAUGGAGAACAUGGCGCAGGGUGAAGUUAUUGUACGACCGAGCAGUAAGGGAUCUGAUCAUUUGACAGUUACAUGGAAAGUGGCGGAUGGUAUCUGUCAACAUAUCGACGUCAGAGAGGAAGGAAAAGAGAAUGCAUUCUCGCUAGGUCGAAGUCUAUGGAUACAGGGCUCAGAAUUCGAAGAUUUAGAUGAAAUUAUAGCGCGCCAUGUGACUCCGAUGGCGGGACACGCGCGCGACCUUAUCUCCUACAAAUACUACAAGCCGUUGGGCGGCAUGAGGGACAAGGCGGAGGAGUGGCUCAAGGAAGAAAAAGCCAAGAAUCCCAACAAAAUACACUACGUCAUUUCCGCAGCCAAAAAUCAUCCCGGACGGUUUCUGCUCUCUUACUUACCUCGCGCGAGAUGCACGCACGAGUACAUAUCGGUUACGCCGGACGGCUACAAGUUCCGGCAGAGGAUGUUCGAUUCCUUGGGUGGUCUGCUAAAGUGGUUCAAGGAGCACUUCAGAGAUCCCCCGCCGUCCGGCACGCCGGCGCAGCGCACGCCCGCCAUGCGCACGCCACACGGCAUGACCUCCAUGUACCACACGCCCGCCGCGCACACGCCCGCCUUCCACACGCCCGCCCACACGCCCGGCCCCGCCUACAUCAACACGCCCUACACGCCCUCCGCGCAGACGCCCUACAUGACGCCGUUCGCGACCACACCGCGCCAGCCCGAUUUUCUUACGCCGGCGGUGCCCAGGCACAAGCCCACGCCCGCCAUGCCCAUAUACUCAGAGCCCUCCGACUGGCAGAAGGCGGCGGAGGACUGGGUCCGUCAUAGAACAGGUCGCGACACACCCUCCACUCCGCGCAGCAGUGAGGGCAUGCCCACGCCGCGACACGACAACCGCACGCCGCGGCACGACAACCGCACCCCGCGACAUGACGUCCGCACGCCGCGACACGACUCGCGCACGCCGCGGCACGACUCGCGCACUCCGCGACACGAGUCCCGCUCGCACGGCCACGGGGACAGGCACAGUCACAGUCACAGCCAUGGCCACGGCCACAGUCACAGUCACGACCAUGACCGCGAGCGCGAGCGCGACCGUGAGCGCGAUCGCGACCGCGGCCACAGCUCGGGCAGGUCGUCGCGCUCGCAUUCCGUCCGCUCCACCCCGCACACCAACACCUCGCCGCGCUCCAUGUCGCUGGGAGAUGCCACUCCGCUCUACGACGAAAAUUAGAACUGAGACUGAACAUUUUUUUUAUUUCAUUUCA